AUGUGUGUAGAUUUCACAGACCUGAAUAAGGCAUGUCCGAAAGAUUCUUUUCCAUUGCCACACAUCGACCAGCUCAUCGAUGCAACAACAGGACAUGAGUUGCUAAGCUUCUUGGAUGCCUAUUCAGGUUAUAACCAGAUCCUCAUGGAAGAAAAAGACCAGGAGAAAACUACUUUCAUCACUCACCAGGGAACAUACUGCUACAAAGUGAUGCCGUUCAGACUAAAAAAUAUGGGGGCGACAUAUCAGAGAUUGAUCACUAAAAUGUUCAAAAACCAGCUUGGUAAAACAAUGGAAGUCUACAUCGAUGAUAUGUUGGUUAAGUCAAAGAGGAAAGAAGAUUAUAUCGGUCAUCUGAAGGAAGCCUUCGAUAUAUUGAGAUGGUACGACAUGAAACUAAACUCCGAAAAAUGUGCCUUCGGCGUAAGCUCGGGAAAGUUCCUCGGUUUCCUAGUGUCACAAAGAGGCAUCGAGGUCAACCCAGAACAGAUCAAGGCCAUAGAAGGAAUACCCGAAACACUGACCAGCAAAAAACAGGAAGGACAACGGGAUCCAGUGGAAUGCAGAGUGCGUCGAUGCCCUGAGGAAACUAAAAGCGUACUUGUCUUUGCCACCCUUACUCGCCAAAGCAUAAUCAGGCGAGUGCCUCAUAGUCUACCUAGCCGUAUCCGAAGUCACGGUAAGUGCAGUUCUAGUCCGAGAAAGCCAAGCCAAAUGGGCCAUAGAACUGAGCAAGCACGAUAUAUCAUACCAACCGCUAACCUCAAUAAAGUCGCAAGUGCUCGCCGACUUUGUCGCCGAUUUCAGAGCAGAGAUACUGCUGAGGUCGAGCAAGAAGCGCUUCACACUACACCUGAGCAAUCCGACCUUUGGGUCCUCUACAUCGAUGGCGCAUCCAACGCGAUGGGAUCGGGACUGGGACUCGUACUCGAGGUCCCAACGGGAGAAGUGAUCCUUCAAUCUUUACGAUGUCCUGAAAUGACUAACAAUGAGGCCGAGUAUGAGGCCGUAAUUGCAGGAUUAAAAUUGGCCCUCAAGUAUGGUGCUCGAUGGGUCAUCCUUCGCUGCCACUCUCAACUCGUUGUGAACCAGGUUACUGGGACUUUCCAAAUUAAGGAACAGAGGUUGCAGAAAUACCAAACUGAAAUCCACAAAUUGCUGCCAGAAUUCGACGAAUGCCGAUUCGACCAAAUACCCCGAGCACAAAGCAAAUGGUCUCGCCAAGCUGGCAGCGUUCACAUGCUUGUGUUGGAGAACUCCACGGGACCAGGUCACCAGGUCCCCGUUGUGUUCCUCCCUGUGGUUGUUCAUUCAUUUGCUGAUUUUCAGACUAGACCAAGUCAGUUGAAAUGUAUACCAUGUGGGUCAGGUUUUCUAUCUGGUUCUUCACAACAAAAAAGAGAAGCCAAAGGAACACACCAUUGUACAAGCAAAAAGGGGAGCUGUUUUAUUAAUGUUUACAAUGGACUGAGCAAGGCAGGAGCAGUAAUGGUGAAUUCCAGCAUGCCAUCACAAACACAAAGGAAAACAAAAAUAAAACAGCAGCCACAAAAUAUUAGAGCAAAAGUAGUUGGACAUUAA